ACGUACUUACGACCAUACAAAUCGAUCCAUUUGUUUACGGAGGUCGUCUGCUACUUCAUCGUAUUCUACCAGUGUUUUCAGAUCAAAUACUAUGCUCUGAAUUGAGUUUUUAUGUGACUUUAAACAGGAACAGAGCUGCAAUGCCGGGAACUGAAGACAACCCGACGGAACUCGGGGAAAUAGAGAAUGUCAGAGUUGUGGUCCGCGUUCGACCUUUAAAUGGAAAGGAGUUAGAUGGAAAUUGUAAAAACAUAGUACACGUAGAUACUAUAAAUAGUGAAAUAACCGUUGAGAAUCCUAAUGCCGCGCAAGGAGAACCACCGAAAGUCUUCUCGUUCGAUGCUGUAUUCGACACUGAUUCAUCGCAGGUCGAUGUUUAUAAUGAAACAGCAAGACCUAUCGUCGACAAAGUUCUGCAAGGAUACAAUGGUACCAUAUUUGCGUAUGGACAAACAGGCACCGGUAAAACUUAUACUAUGUCAGGGGCUAAAACAUCUCCACAGCUUAGAGGUAUUAUUCCAAACAGCUUUGCGCAUAUCUUUGGAUACAUAGCUAAAGCUCACGAAAAUCAGAAGUUCCUUGUAAGAGCAACAUACUUGGAGAUUUACAAUGAAGAAGUUAGAGAUCUAUUAGGUAAAGAUCAAAAUACAAGACUCGAAGUAAAAGAAAGACCUGAUAUUGGAGUAUUUGUCAAAGAUCUUAGUGGUUACGUCGUAAAUAAUGCUGAUGAUCUUGAUCGAAUAAUGUCUCUUGGUAAUAAGAAUCGCGUUGUGGGAGCUACAGCAAUGAAUGUAUCAAGUUCUAGAUCUCAUGCAAUAUUUACAAUCACAGUUGAAUCUAGUCAACUUGGAGAAGAUGGUGAACAGCAUGUUAAAAUGGGCAAACUACAUUUAGUUGAUUUAGCCGGUUCAGAAAGACAAAGCAAAACAAAAGCUACCGGAGUCCGUUUAAGAGAAGCAACGAAAAUUAAUUUGUCACUUUCAACAUUGGGUAAUGUAAUAUCUGCAUUGGUCGAUGGUCAAAGUUCUCAUGUGCCUUACAGAAAUUCGAAAUUAACAAGAUUGCUUCAAGACUCUUUGGGUGGUAAUUCGAAGACGUUAAUGUGUGCAAACGCGAGUCCGGCGGACAUAAAUUAUGACGAAACUAUAAGUACACUUCGUUAUGCGAACCGCGCUAAAAAUAUUAAAAACAGAGCGAGGAUUAACGAAGACCCGAAAGAUGCUUUACUUCGUCAGUUUCAAGUGGAAAUUGAACAACUACGCAAACAAUUAGAAGAAAAUGCUGCAGAGAUGUCCGAAUCGGAGGACGAAUCCGAAGAUUCUGAAGAAACAGGAGAAACUAAACAAGAAAAGAAAGCAAGGCGUAGACGAAGUCAAAUAUUAACAAUGGAAGAGUUAGAAGACAGAGACACAGAAUCUACCGAAAAAAUUGACAAAGCUGAGAGAGAGGAUAAAAGUCCAGACGACAAGGAUGUUAUAGAAUUAAAGAAAACUCAGAACGAAAAGGAAGCGUUACGAGAAAAAAUGCAAAAUUUACAAAAUAAAAUUUUAGUUGGAGGUGAGAACUUGUUGGAAAAAGCCGAGGCUCAAGAACAGCUAUUAGCUGCUGCUGCAAUUGAACUUGAUCAACGUAAAAGCAGAGAAGAACAACUUAAGAAAGCUAUCGAAGCAAAAGAAGCUGAACGCAUUGACAUAGAGGAGAAAUAUUCUUCUCUUCAAGAAGAAGCGGCUGGAAAAACGAAAAAAUUGGCCCGUGUGUAUACAAUGUUAAUGUCUAUAAAAGCAGAAUUGUCUGAUUUACAGCAAGAACAUCAAAGGGAAAUGGAAGGGCUCCUAGAAGGUGUCAGAGGUAUUGGAAGAGAGUUACAGCUUCAAGAAUUAAUAGUAAAUAGUUACAUUCCUGUUCAAUAUCAAACGAUGAUUGACAGUUAUGUUCAUUGGAAUGAAGACAUUGGAGAAUGGCAAUUGAAAUGUGUAGCAUACACCGGUAAUAAUAUGCGCAAAGCACAAGCAACUCCACCCGUGGGAAACAACAAAGAUCAAACACAACCAGAUAUGUCGAAUAUAUAUCUUUCUUAUAACACUGGAAUUGACAAUACUUUUGCGCAACCGAAAAAGAUAAGGGGCCGAUCUGGAGUUCCAAGGCCAACUACUGCACAUAAACGCACUCAGCAUUAAAAGUAUAUUUAAACUAUAAAGUGAUAAAGAUAUUUAUUUUUCACCGAGUACCUUUUUUUUAGUAUUUUUUUCAGAGUAUUAUAUUUAUUUUUGUUUGUAUCAUUUGUAUGAGAACGUUAUACUACAUGUACUUAUACACUUACCCUUACUUUAAGUCGCUUGCGUUUAAUCCUGUUUCGAAUAUUCUACAAAGGAACAGAAUCUCGAUACCUUCCAUUAUUAUGGAAGUAUAUUAUAUAAAAUUGCGACAAUGAACCUUAGUUCGUAUUGAUUAAUAAUAUGUAUACAUUCAUCGUCUUGUGUAGAUAUAAAAAGAAGUUGUGAAAAAUCUUAUAUCUGAAGUUAUAAUCAGUUUUAAUAGAAUCAAAUCUUAUUUUAGAUCAAUUUAUUAUUACUUAUUAAAAUUAUAAUAUCUGAAAUGAAUUGUCAUGAUAGCAAGAUUUUGUGUUUUCACGCAUUUCUAUGUCUCUCUCUGUCUCUCUCUCUCUCUCUCUUUCCAUCUCUGUGAUGUUUGUUAAAUAUUAGAUGUCCAAGUUUAAUUUAAUAGUGAAUAUAAGUACAUAGGAAGUACAUUUUCAUAUUUAAUAGCAUGCAAUCUAAUUAUUACUAUUAAUAAAUAGAAGAUUGGUCUAAAGACUUUAGAGUGGAACAUAUGUACUGUACCUGUGCGAUAAGAAAUAAAAUAAUUUGCUCUAUAUGAA